AUGUCAAAAGGUUUCCCCCCCAUCCACGGUAUACGCUGGUUCAAUGUGGCGGUACUCACAGCAACACCCUUCCUGGCUCUCUACGGACUCCUCGCGACACCUCAUUACAAUCGGGCAACCAUUGCCUUCGCCGUCGUGUAUUACAUCUUCACCAUGCUCGGUAUGUCCCUUCUUUCAAGCUCUAAAUUCUCCUUUCUCUUACUCACAAAUCAUAGGUAUCACCGCAGGUAACGCCUCACGCUUCCCGUCUGGACCUCUUAACGCCUAAUCAAAGGCUCAGGCUAUCACAGAUUGUGGUCGCAUCGAUCCUAUAACGCGUCUCGCCCACUCCAGCUAUUCCUAAUCGCUGGAGGUAGCAGCGCCGUUCAAGGUUCCUGCUAUUGGUGGGCCCGAACGCACCGUUCUCAUCACCGCUACACCGACACUGACCAGGAUCCCUACGACUCAAAACGAGGCUUACUAUGGACCCACAUAGGUUGGAUGAUUUUCAAAUCCAACCUUCGAUCUGGGCCUGCAGACGCGUCGGAUCUCCAGAAGGAUUCCCUAAUCCAAUUCCAACACCGCCAUUACUUCCUUCUAGCAGUUAUUUUUGGCAUCAUCUGUCCGGCUAUUAUACCUGGCGUGUUCUGGGGCGAUUGGUCCGGCGGCAUAUACUUUUCUGCAACCCUUCGAUUGACUAUUGCACAUCACGUCACUCAUUGGCUUGGAUCAUCACCUUAUGAUGACGAGCUCUCGCCCCGAGACCACCUCUUGUCCGCCAUCCUCACCAUGGGCGAAGGUUAUCACAACUUCCACCACCAAUUCCCGAUGGACUAUCGCAACGCUUUCCAUUGGUACCAAUACGACCCCACCAAAUGGUUCAUCGCAUUGUGUGCCAUGCUCGGCCUCGCUUCACACCUACGUGUCUUUCCCGAAAACGAAAUUCGAAAAGGCAUGUACACUAUGAAGCUAAAAGAGCUGAAGCAAAUGCAGGACACCAUCCGCUGGGCACCGCGAGCAGCGUCAUUGCCUGUCGUUACCUGGGAGCAGUUCCAACAGGAAUCGCGAGCUGGAGACCGAAUAUUGGUCCUAAUCAGUGGAUUCAUUCACGAUGUCACUUCAUUCGUCGAUCUCCAUCCAGGUGGAAGGCGGCUCAUCGUCAGCAGCUCGGGAAAGGACAUGUCUUCAGCCUUCUUCGGAGGGGUGUAUUCGCAUUCCAACGCAGCUCAUAAUCUGUUAUCCAUGUACCGCGUCGGCGUCCUGCUCGGAGGUAUGGAGACAAUUUCCGAGCCAUCCAAGGCUAUCCCACCUUCUGAACGCCUCGUCAUCGCAAGAAAAGAUGCAGACGAAGUCGAAAGGAAAGAACAAAAAUCCUAUUAA